GGACAUAACGUACGCGCACCUGAAAAUUGCAUAGACAGUAAAAGAAAUUUGCUCAGGAUCGACUGCAAUUCAUAACAGGUCAGGAUGUCCCGCGUGUGGACGGGCGGUCACUCCUCGCCGGUGCUGUGCGCUGCCGUCUCCGGUGAGUCGACGGUGGCGACCGGAGCCGAGGCCGGAGAGCUGACCCUGUGGAGCCCCGCCGGCUCUCCGCUCUCCUCGCUCCGCCUGAGCGCUGACGUCUCGGGCCUGUGCUUCUCCCCGGCCAACGCCUCGCUUCUGUACGCCUGUCACGGGCGGGCCCUGACCCUGCUGGACCUCCGCAGCCUGAAGACGCCGCUGGCGGAGCUGGGGGACGUGGCCGAGGACGAGAUCAACGGUGUGUGUGUGGACGAGAGCGGGCGAACGCUCGCUGCGGGCGACGACACCGGGGCCGUGACCCUCGUGGACCUGCAGCUGAUGAAGGCCAGCGGGACGCUGCGCACACACACCAACAUCUGCUCGUCCGUGGCCUUCAGACCGCGCCGGCCUCAGAGCCUGGUGUCUGCGGGACUCGACAUGCAGGUGUGUCUGUGGACCCUCCCGAAGCCCCGUCCCGUCUGGAGUGUCAGUCUGCAGGACACACAGCAGGAGCACACGGGGCAGGUGUUCAACCCUCCUCUGGCUCACUGCGUGUGUGUGUCGUCCUGCGGGGACGUGUGUGUGUGCGCGGCGGAGGACGGCGGGCUGCACCUGCUGCGUGUGUGUGCCGACGGCCGGCUCCGGGAGCGCGGGAUGAUCCCGGCACACAGUCAGGGGGCGUCGCAGGCUCACUUCAUCAGCUUUCUCUCGCACCCGUACUGGCUCGCCAGCGGAGGCAACGACGGGCGCGUGGCGCUCUGGGACCUCAGCCGACACACACUGGUGGAGCACAGCAGGAGGAAGAGGAGGACGAGGAGGAGCCAGGACCCGCAGGACGAGGAGGAGGAGGCGAUGACACCCCGCCUGUGUUUCCAGCACGCAGAGAAGGUGAACUGGGUCUGUCCCGCUGUGCUGGAGGGAAAGCCCAGUCUACUGGUGACCGACCAGACCAACUGCCCCACGGUGUACUCGCUCGAGCCACUGUAACACACAGCUGAAAGAUCCUUCACAUGCAU